AUGAGGAUUAAAUGUCGUUUUUGUAAUGUGACUGUGCAGACGAGGAAGGAAUAUUUAAAACAUCUUGAUAUGGACAAGAAAUAUAGCUUCACUUGUCCCGAAUGUGGCAAGACAUUCUAUUCCCCAAAGCGAUUUCAACACCAUGAAGAUGUGCAUCAACCUAAAUCUCAAUGUGAAAUUUGUAACAGCUCCUUUUCUUAUACAACUACACUGCAGCAACACAAGCGACUAAAACACGGAAUUACGGAUAUGGAAAAGUAUGAGUGUCCACAUGUUGACUGUAAUGCGACCAUGCAGGGCAAAAUCAAAUAUAACGAACAUUUCCAAAUGCACGAUAAACCAUUUCGCUAUCAAUGCAAACAUACCGGUUGUGGGAAAGAAUUCCACAUUUCGUCAUCACUUUCCAUGCACAAGAAGUCCUGUAAACGCAAACCUCAAAGUCCAACGGAAAGAAAUCCGCAUAUCCAAAAACAUGAUGAACAUUGCAAGCAACCCGGUAAUGGGGAAGAAUUCCGCAGUCAAUCACCAUUUUACAGACACAAGAAAUUCCGACAACGCAAACUUCAGAGUAAAACAAAUUUAGCAGAGUUUUUAGCAUUUUUAUUUACCUGGAAUGAAUGCAUGUGA